UCUGGUUUUCGGCCUGGAGACUCAACGGUUAAUCAACUUGUUCUUAUUGUACAUAAGAUUUACGAAGCUUUCGAACAAGGUAAAGAAGUGCAAGCUGGUUUUUUUUUUGAUAUGACUAAAGCUUUUGAUAAGGUUUGGCACAAAGGUCUAUUGUUUAAGCUUAAAUCCUUAGGAAUCACUAACCAUCUGUUAGCUUGGAUAAAAAGCUAUUUAACUGAUAGAAAACAGCGUGUUGUUAUUGAUGGCCAAGCAUCAGAGUGGUCAAAUAUAGAGGCCGGAGUACCUCAAGGGUCAGUGUUGGGGCCUUUAUUGUUUUUGGUUUACAUUAAUGAUAUUACCACUGAUCUCGAAACUGAUUGUUUUCUUUAUGCUGAUGAUACUUCCUUGAUUGACGUGGUUGACAAUAUUAAUUCUUCGUCUGCUAAGGCGUAAAAAAAAAUACCUGUGGUUCCGGUUCCCGACCGACCCUAUUUUUCUUCUGCAGACCCUAUUAUUUUUUCAACGCGAUUGACCGUGCGACCCUAUUUUCUCCGGGUGGUUGCGGGCUGCUCAUACAGCGUGCCAAAAUGGCGUCUGUUGUUACACUAAUUAUUGAACCAAAUUGCCUAAAUUCGUCCAUAGGAAAUACGAGUCUCUAGUUAAUAUUGAUGUCGGGACUCUACUGCAAAUCGCCCAGCAAAAAACCGCCAAAAUCAUGAAAAAAAUAGUCAAAAAAAAAAUUAUUUCCGACCUACCGACCCUAAUUUUUUCACGAUAUGAAACCGGAACCACAGGUAUUUUUUUUUUACGCCUAAUAUAAUCAGAGACAAAUUUUUCUCCUCCUAUUUUUCUCCCCUACUAUUUUUCUCCCCUCCCCCUGAUCACAUGAGGGCACCCUUAUCACAUUGCACAGACUAUGUCAUAAUCUAUCACCCUCCGGACAGCGGAAAUUUCCUGCUCGGGGGUAGGGUGGAUCUUUUCUGGAACAACCAAUUCAGAUUUUUUAGAUUAUCUGUGAUGAUAAGCACGUGUCAUAAUGCCAUUGUCGUGCUAAAUAUAGCAAAAGUAUAGUAUAGCAAAUUGAUUAAUAAUUUCUAGGUGUUUGGUGCAGCGCCUCUGGAGAAUUGUGUGAAGGGCCUAAAACCACACAUCCUGCAAAGUUUGGAAGCGGCAUUGGCACAGCAGACACCAACCCCCAGUCAGGACAACAACGGCCUCUUUGAGCUCCCACCGUUGUACAUAGAUGGCAUCCCAACUCCCGUCGACAAAAUGACCCAAGCACAACUCAGAGCGUUCAUACCACUGAUGUUAAAAUAUUCCACCGGCCGAGGAAAACCGGGUUGGGGGCGGGAUUCAACAAAACCCCCAUGGUGGCCUGACGAGAUCCCGUGGCAAAAUGUCCGUUCCGAUACUCGCACUGAGGAGCAGAAAGCGAAGCUAUCCUGGACCAACGCUUUGAGAAUGAUUGUUAAGAACUGUUAUGAAUUCCAUGGCCGCUCAGAUCUAUUGCCAGAUUUCCAAGAUGGUGAUGGAUAUCAACAAGUACAGGGUACUCAUCCGAUCGUACACACCCUGACCAACGCAGAUGGUACUCUGUCCUUGGUACAGGUGGAUGCGACCGGGGCAAUUGUCAGUUCAUACACGGACGGAUCCACACAAGCAGAGUCGACGCAAGCAGUUGCAACCCUCUCAGAUGUAUCGGCAACAACCCAAGGCACACCGGUUACAAUAAGUAUCAGCGAGAUGUCGCAAGGUGAGGCAGCUGCCCAGGCAGCGGUCGCGACACUUGCCGAGGCAACCUUAUCCGAUGGAGGUCAGUUGGUCAUAUCAGAACAUGCAGCAAAUGCCCUGGCCAGCGUUGGCGAAUCAACUCUGAAUACGUCAAAUUUGGUAACUAUCCCAGUUCAUGCUGCGGCUGCCAUGAUGCAGAUUCAGAACGGUCAGAUAACAAAUUCUCAGACGCAGUACAUCGCCACAAGCAUACCGCAAGUUGCCAUGGCACCACAUUCUAACUUGCAUACAGUGAACUCGCCUCAGAGUAUUCAAACACAGCUUGUUGACUCCACCGGUGCUGAAAACCCCGUCCCUGGAGCCAGCCAAGCUGUUGAAGUUGUUACUUAUUCUACUUAA